GCUCAGUCUCUGAGGAGAACAGGUUUGGGUGAGAGAUGUCCGUCUGGUCCAGGCCGCGGGACACAGUGUGACGAGACGCCGCUGGGCAGAGAGUGACCGCUGGAAUGGGACCAUCAGGGAGGGCUGUGUGGCUCCUGCGGGUCAUCUUCGUUGUUGUCGUGGUGAUGUUGUCAUGUCGACCGGUGUCAGGAGGAACCCGAACUCUCAGAGGAGGGUCGUAUCAGGUGAAGCAGGGGACGUGUGAGGUCGUGGCGAUUCACCGCUGCUGUAAUAAGAAUAAGAUUGAGGAACGUUCUCAGACCGUCAAGUGCUCCUGCUUCCCUGGGCAGGUUGCUGGGACGACUCGCGCUCAGCCGUCCUGCGUGGAAGCCUCCAUCGUUGUGCAGAAAUGGUGGUGCCAGAUGCAUCCGUGUCUAGAUGGCGAGGAAUGUAAAGUUCUGCCGGACCUCACCGGCUGGUCCUGCAGCACUGGCAACAAAGUCAAAACCACCAAGGUCACGCGAUAGCGAGAAGACGACAGCCCUUUUGCGAGAGACCCAAGGCUCUUCUUUAACGUGGAAUUUCUAUUCUGGGGGGAGAAAGAGGCCCACUUACAGCUGAGAACUCACGAUCGCGGGCAGCGGAGAAGAGAAUUAAACACGUGUGAUGAAUGGACUUACUGGGAAUACUGGACAUACUGUGUUGUAUACUGUAGUCGACGGCGCUGGCCAAUGGAAAGACUGGGUGAUGGACCAAGCCUGCAACAUGUUCCUCAAUAUAAAUAUAAAUAUGAAUAAAUAUAAAAAUAUAUAUACAAAGGUCUUCUGGAGCAGAUAUGGACACUGAUCACUGGCGAUGACGGUCUGGAUUUCUUUAGCUUGAUCUACAAAAGUUAACUGUUAACUUAUUGGAGUGUAUGGUAACAUGCGUUGUAAGCAAAUGAAUGUAUGUGUGUGUAUUAUUAUGAAUGUUGGUACAUACAUGUGGCUGGGAAUGUGUGUCGAUAUGUGUACAUGCAUGUAUAUUUGUAUAUGAAUGCAUGUACAUAAUUGAGAUAAACGGGACACGGUGUGGUAAGUAUGUGUGUG